AUGAGGUUGUCUGCUUUCGCCUGCGGGCUCUAUGCCUGCCUCGUCUCCCAAGUUGCGGCCACUGCCCUCACCUACAAGCUCGGAGCCCACGAGAAGGCUUGCUUCUACACUGUCACCCAAAAUGCGGGCGAGAAGAUUGCUUUCUACUUCGCCGUCCAAUCUGGUGGUUCGUUCGAUGUCGAUUACGUUGUCACCGGCCCGAAUCAGAAGAUCAUCCUCGAUGGCGAGAAGGAGCGCCAGGGCGACUUUGUCUUCAACGCCAACGUCAUUGGCGAGUACCAGUUCUGCUUCAACAACGAGAUGAGCACCUUCGCCGACAAAUUCGUCGACUUUGAGAUUGCCGUCGAGAACGAGAAGCGCGCCGAGCUGCCGUCGAAGCAGGGCACCUCCCCCGAACAGACCUCCGUCCUCGAAGAGACCGUCUUCAAGCUCUCCAGCAAGCUGUCGACCAUCUCCAGAGGCCAGAAGUACUUCCGCACGCGCGAGAACCGCAACUUUGCCACCGUCAGGAGCACCGAGUCGAGGAUCAUCAACUUCAGCAUGAUCCAGUGCGCUCUCAUUGUUCUCAUGGGCGGCCUGCAGGUCUUCGUUGUCCGGUUCUUCUUCCAGGGUGCGCGCAAGGGCUACGUGUAA